GCCGCUCUCAAUCGGGUUUCUCUGUCGAGCACAGCACCGACAUCGAAAGGAAACGGGGCUAGAUAUUACUACGCUUAAUCGUUUCGAAAGGAGAGUUUGCCAGGAGUUGAUCGCCUACAUGCCUAGGUAGUUAGUUCCCUUUUGUCUGCCUGGCUAGGUAGGUCAGGAAACAUAUAAGUUAAUGAUCUGAUUUCAUGCGCUGGGAACCGGAAGGAUGUAGCUAUAGACGAUUUUGGAGAUCCCUCGUAUGCUGGGCUGACGUCGAGGCGAUCGGUACCCGAUAAAUUAUAGCGCCAGAGUUGUUGUAUGAAGCUUGCUCCUUGUGGUUGAAUAGGGCACAGAGGUUGGAGUUAAAAUGCGGAGAUCGGAGGUGAGGAAAGUAAAAAGUUACUACCCCAGAUGUAUAAAUUAUGAAAGCCAGUUGCGGCUCCCGAAGCAACAACAGAACAUGGUAACUUAGACGGAGGAGAUCUUCUUCUCUUUAGCAAGAACCUAGACAAGCAGCAAUCCCUUCUCUAAAUUCUUUCGUCACCCAAGGUAUCAGUUUCGCUGCGCAUCCCUGGCGCUCGGUAGUUAGUAGUUUAGCAGCAGAGUAGUCUCGCAACCCCCCGUUCCAAGCUAUAAAGCAGCCGGGUUCCACUUUCCAGUUACAUAGUCUGCGCAUCCAUCCGUCCAUUGCCUACAACACACUUUCCAACUCCAACCUCCAACCUCAGACCAUCCAUCAAAACCGAACUCAUAUACAUCAACAUAGUCUGUUGAUCGCAUCGAUACGCGCGCAUCACGUUCAAAAUGUCCGCGCAAAACUGGGAGGAUUCCGCUCUUCUGGCAUCCAACCAAAAAGCACCAGCGCCAGUGCCACUCCCUAGCAACGUGGGUUUUCGGCCUUCAAACAAUGGCGUUGUGACUGUGCAGCCAGCGCGCCUCGAGGAUUUGCAGCCCAGCUAUGCUCAAGUACUCAAGCAUCCCGAUGGCGACGCCACCGUCCACGGCUGGUAUGCGUCGAUGAUCCACACUUUGGGUGAAAGCAUCGGCUUCCUGGGCGCCAUCCCUUGCUGCUUCUGCUGCCCCAACCCUUUCAAGCCCAUUGCCCAGGGUGAAGUCGGCUUGGUGACGCGGUUCGGUCGCUUCGAACGCGCUGUCGAUCCCGGUCUGGUCAAAGUUAAUCCACUCAGCGAACACUUGACUACAGUCGAUGUGAAGAUCCAGAUCGUUGAAGUUCCCCGACAAGUUUGUAUGACAAAGGAUAACGUCACUUUGAAUCUUACAUCCGUUAUCUACUACCACAUUACCUCCCCCCACAAGGCUGCCUUUGGAAUUACAAAUAUCCGCCAGGCGCUUGUUGAACGGACACAGACUACCCUCCGCCAUGUUGUCGGAGCACGUGUGCUACAGGAUGUCAUCGAACGCCGCGAGGAGCUCGCCCAAUCGAUCGGAGAUAUAAUCGAGGAAGUUGCUGCGGGCUGGGGUGUCCAGGUCGAGUCCAUGCUGAUUAAGGAUAUCAUCUUCAGCAAUGAGCUGCAAGAAUCCUUGUCAAUGGCUGCGCAAUCCAAGCGUAUUGGUGAGAGUAAGGUUAUCGCUGCUCGCGCUGAGGUGGAAUCAGCUAAGCUCAUGAGAACCGCCGCCGACAUCCUCUCCUCUGCACCCGCCAUGCAAAUCAGAUAUCUGGAGACAAUGCAAGCAAUGGCCAAGACAGCGUCAAGUAAAGUAAUUUUCUUGCCAUGCCCAACCAGCCCUGGCGAUUCUGGUGUAUUUCGAGGGAUAGAUGAGGGAGGCCCAUCUACCCAGCAGGUUGAUCCGGUUCAACACGCAAUCAACACACAUGUUUUUGAGAACAUUUAAUUAAUUGUGUAAUCUGUAAAUGAGUACUAUUCAUGAAUAAUGGCUGUAAUCACAUAUCUCAAAUUGGAGUAUUUCUUUUCUUACUUUUUCAUUUCUGUAAAAAAUGAAUUAUAGUUGUUAACAGAAUUCUUUUAUAGCUGUUAUGCUUUCAAUUUCUAUUUUUAUCACAUUCUUCUCAAGACUCAUAUUCAAGAUCUAUACUUGCAUCAAGUGGGGAUACUUUAGAUAUAUCCAACUUCAUGGCUUUACUCAGUACACGUACAAUUCUUAUGGAGAAUAAAAAUUGAAAAUUGAAUCUUUAUAGAAGGAACAAUAAUCCCA